UAAUAGUAUAUAAACCGCAGAUCAUUCAAAACCAGUAUCAGUUUCGAAUACGAAUCACUCCAACAUGCAUUCACUCGUCGUUUUAGCUUUAUGUGUAUUCGGAGUAGCUCUAGCUAGCGGCGGUGGAGGUCAUGGUCAUGACAACGCCCAUUACAAAUUCGAAUACGGCGUCCACGAUCCUCACACCCACGACCACAAAUCCCAACACGAACAUAGAGACGGACACCACGUCACCGGAGGUUACACUCUAAAAGAAGCUGACGGUACCCACAGAAUCGUCAAAUACAAAUCAGGACCUCACAGUGGUUUUGAGGCUGUUGUAGAACGCGUAGGACACGCUCAACAUCCUGCACAUUACGGUAAACACGGACACGGAGGACAUGGAGGACACGGAGGACAUGGGGGAGCUACUAGCUACGUCGGUGUUACCCAUUGGGCUAACCAAGGAAGCGAUGGAAACGAAGAGUGUUAUUUACAGAUUAUUAUUAUCAGUUUAUUCGUAUUCGGAGCAGCUCUAGCUAGCGGCGGUGGAGGUCAUGGUCAUGACAACGCCCAUUACAAAUUCGAAUACGGCGUCCACGAUCCUCACACCCACGACCACAAAUCCCAACACGAACAUAGAGACGGACACCACGUCCACGGAGGUUACACUCUAAAAGAAGCUGACGGUACCCACAGAAUCGUCAAAUACAAAUCGGGACCUCACAGUGGUUUUGAGGCUGUUGUAGAACGCGUAGGACACGCUCAACAUCCUGCACAUUACGGUAAACACGGACACGGAGGACAUGGAGGACACGGAGGACAUGGGGGAGCCACUAGCUACGUCGGUGUUACCCAUUGGGCUAACCAAGGAAGCGAUGGUGGACACGGACAUUAA